AUGGCAGCCCCUAAUUUCAAGCUUAUCUCUAAGGAUCAAUUGUUAACUAUGAACAGUGCUAUCUUAAAUAACAGUAAUCUUUUAAGUAAUCAGCUGGGAUUUGUGAAAAAUUACAGCUCUCUGGAGAAUGGCAACAAGGAAAUAGAUUGUAACAGAUUUUUCCUGGAAGAAUUCGAAGAUCUUAACGACAGUUGUUAGGAAAAUCACAAGCUUUCCUACACCUAGCAAAUAAGCUAGAAAAAGGGAUUCUAUUAGCAGAAGGUUUAUGAUUUCGACAAUCUGAAGAAAAAAGACGAGGAAAAGAGAAAGCUACUGACUAAAACAAUUGCUGAUAGCAGCCGAAUCUAAACUUAGAAAUUCUUCCAAAGAGAAAAUAUCAAAUAACAAAUGCUCAAAGAACGUGAUUAUAAACUGAAGGAGAUGAGAACAUAUCGUAAGAAGUCUUUAAAGAACUUUGAGCAUAGUCCAUUCAACAAGAAUCUAACUUACAUUAUGCAGAAAAUCAAACUGUAAAAUGAAAGCAUGCUUUAAUUUAACACUCAGAACAGCCUCACAAAUAGUCCUUAGAAAUCUCCGAAUCCUAGUUCAAACCUUAAGAUGUAUCAACAACUGAGAAUAAGAUCUAAAACUCAAAAUAAAAAUCACAGCUAUCACAUUAGAGAUUUUAACAACAAUAGUUCAUUAAUGAAUACAAAUUAGUUGCAAAAUAUUCCAGAGUAGGAAUAAGAGUAAUUCAAUGAUAACAAGACUUUUGAUUAGCUAGAAGAUGAGCCGGUCAUUUAAAUUAGUAACAAUCAGACAUCAAGACUCUCUGAAGUGAAGCAUAGAAGACCACCUACACUAGAGACUCCUAAGAAAUUCAUCUUUCCAAACUCAGAUAAUUAAUCAAAAUAAAUCACUAUGAGAUAAAAGUUUAAUCUUGCCAGUAAUUAAGAUAAGAUUCAUUAUUCUCUAUCAAGUGCAUAAUCAGCAGCUAAUAACCAUUAUAGUGAGUUUAACACUAAAUCCCACCUUCCAUCUGGCAUAAUCCCACUUAGCACUUCCUAACAGUCAAAAAUAGCAGUUCCAGCAAAUCAUCAACUAUUUUCAAAUUUACAAUUUUAAUAGAUGCAGUCUAAGCUUAACUAAUCAGCAAUUCUGCCCCAAAAUAACUACACUAAUGAUAGUAUGGAGCAGCCAUUCCAAUAAGAUUUGCUUGAUCAGUUAGCAAUCUUGGAAAAUAGCAAAAAUUUCUACAAGAAGCAAAUGCAGAUGCUUGCUAGUUCUAAAAUGAACAAUUCAACCAAUCGAUCAUCUGUCAGGAAAUAUAAAAAUCACUAUAGACAAAUGAGUAAUUAUACACCUAUUAACAUAAUUUACAAUCAAAGUAUCCUAAAUCCUAUAAAGAAACAGAAAUAGAACAAUAAUGAUUACUCACUAACAAAUAAUAACACUGCUGACACUCUCAAGGCAAGACUUAGAAGUAGUACUGAUAGAGAAAGUAAAUAGAGAAUAACAAUUUCACCAAAGACUUAAUGUGGACCAAGAGGUCAAAUAGAAAUAUAAAGUAUGCCAAGAGCUCAAGUUUGUACUACAACAAAUAAAGCGAAUAGAAUAAAGAGAAAUGGUUUUGAUCUAGAAGGGGCAAAUAGCAAGCACUCAAGAGCUAUUAGUAUGGCUAAUAAUUUCAAGAUACAGAUGUAGCAACAAAACUAGUAGUAAAAUGAAGAAUUCAUGUAAACUGUAGAGUAAAAUCCAAAUCUUACUAAUUUUAAUAUCUAAUGA